AUGAAGUCAACAAAGUUGUUGUUGUUUCGAUUGCCUUCGGGUGUUUCGGUUCGCAACGCUUCCGCGAUAAGGUCGCUGAAGUUGCCAAUUACUCGGGUAUGUUUUGUUUAUAUUAUUGUAAAUGUAAUCAAUUCUAAUGGCAGGUUCAAGAGAAUUAAAGGCAAAUGCUUCUUCUCUUGAUCACUCAGGUGGACUAAACUUUAAUUGUUUUUGGCAGAAAACACUAGUUUAAUGUUGGCUGUACUACUUUUUUUGAUGAUUUUUUAAUCCGAUUUAACAGUUUUUGUUGUUUUUUUGCUAAAUAAAAGUUUAAAAAGGUUCAACUCAUGACGAGAAACUUGAGUAGAGAAACAAAAUGUUAUCGGAACGUUUGUUUUGUUUCACUUUGUCACGUUGAAACAACGUGAAUUUUUAUUUUUGCAGUUAGAAGCAAGGAAAAAGGCAAAAACAAAGCAAAGCGCGAGGAUUUGUAAACAAAAUGAUGAAGUCUUGAACUAAAUAAGCAUAUAGCUUACAUUGGUACAGUAGUAGAAUAGGACUGUACAAUAAAAAUAUCCAAGAACAGCAUAAACGUUUUAUCUUACAGACUCCACACGCAAAAUAUGGAGGCAGAUUUACAGUCACCGCUCUGCCAGGAGAUGGUAUUGGUCCAGAAAUGUUGGAUCAUGUUAGGAAGAUCUUCAAGUUUGCUCAUGUAAUUACACUUAAGAUUAAUUCAAGGCAAUAUAUGACAAACCAUAGUUAUAUAUAAACGUUAAAAUGCGAAGAAUAGGUGUUAUCUGUUUUAUCUUUCAUUAGUCUGUUCUAAAAUACGGUGCAGCACUUUAAGUUAUGUCGUGUUAUAUUUCGAUUACGUUUUAAAUUUUUAUAUACCUGACAAACGUGUAUAACGUUGUGAAGCUAAAAGAACAGUUAAAAGUUUUGUAAAUUUUAUAAUUUUUUGUUGGAUACAGUUAUUGUUACAGACUUUAUUUGAUAGCUCUACUGUUUUAGAUCCCAGUAAACUUCGAGGAACUUGACCUGAGCUCACGCGACUUGAGCAACGAUGCUCUCGAAGAAGCCAUAAUAUCAGUUCAGAGGAAUGGUAUUGCUGUUAAAGUAAGAUAUUUAAACUAUUAACUAAAACCAGAAGAAUCUUGCAUAUUUUACAAAAUUCUUUAAAGUCAUACCUAUUUCUAAGAAGGUGUUGUAAUUGUGUGCUUUAAAACUUUUUUCUCUUAAAAUUUCUACUUUUAGGGUAAUAUUGAAACCAAAUUUGACAAUCCAGAGUUUGUGUCACGUAAUGUUGAACUUCGUCGUCGUCUUGACCUCUACGCCAAUGUUUUACAUUGUGUCACGAUCCCAAGUGUCCCAACAAGACAUACUGGCAUUGAUAUUGUGCUGAUUAGGGAGAACACUGAAGGCGAAUACUCUGGACUGGAACACGAGAGCUGCAAGGGCGUUAUUGAGAGCUUGAAGGUAAAAUAUGAAGAGUCUGUUCAUGUUGUAAAAAUGUAAUGUGCUUUAGAUAAUUUAUACAUUUAAAAAAACCUUGUCUAAUAAUAAUUUAGGUAAUAAAAAUAGUUUAUACAACAAUAUUUACUUUAAAUUAACUUUUUAAAUUAACAAGCAUCACAUUUUAGAUAGUAACCCGCAAGAACAUUGAGAGAAUCGGAAAGUUUGCUUUUGAAUAUGCCUUACUCAACAAUCGUCGCAAGAUCACUGCCGUUCACAAGGCUAAUAUCCAGAAGUUGGGCGAUGGACUGUUUCUGAAGGUUUGCAAAGAAUUGGCAGCUGAACCACGUUACAAAGACAUUGAGUUUGAUGCUAUGAUUGUCGACAAUGCGUCUAUGCAGCUGGUCAGUAAACCACAACAGUUCAGUGGUGGCAUCAUGUUGAUGCCCAACUUGUACGGCAACAUCAUCUCGAAUAUCGCGUGUGGACUGGUCGGAGGACCGGGAUUGGUGUCUGGACUGAAUAUUGGCGAUAAUUAUGCUGUUUUUGAGACGGUAAGAUUAUUUAUGUUUCAGGGUUUAGAAUCGUAUAUAAAAUGAUAUUCACAAGGGAAUAAAUGGAUAUGACAUUCUUUUUUGUAGGGAACCCGUAACACCGGAACCUCAUUGGUAGGCAAAGAUAUUGCCAACCCCACAGCGUUCCUCCGUGCCGCUGUUGAUCUUCUCCGUUACCUUGAACUCGACAGUUAUGCUGAUCGACUGUCUGAUGCUGUGUAUCAUGCUCUUACCGUACAGAACGUGCACACUCCUGACAUUGGAGGUAACAAUAAGUCUUCUGAAGUCAUAAACGCUGUUCUUCAGUAUCUCAAGGAUCACUAG